UGCAAUGGAAUUGUUUAAGUGUGUUUCUCCUUUUUAUUUUGCUUUCUUUUAGCUCGUCUUUGUCUGGCGCUCUUGUUGUGCACGUCUGCACAUCGGAGGAUAACCUGCAACAUUCACAUCCGGCACACGGUGCCCGAAGGGCCCGUCGGUGGGACCACAAGCGGCUUCAUUCUCCCGAGACGGACAGAACCCAUCUGUUGUAUCUGAACAGGACCAGACUGUCGCCCGCUUCAGACUCCAUCGGACCUAACAGAAGAGAGGCAGCGGCGGGGACAGAAAGGUCCUUGUUAUGUCGCUGUGCAUCACGGCUGCGUCUCACACUGUCCUCCUUUGUGUUUCUGACACAGAGUGAGAAGCCCCAGACAUUUCUGUCCAACAAAAACUCUUAAGAGAAUGUCUUGAUCCCAACCAAAGCACGUCUCCUCCUCUGCCAGGCCCUCUUUUAUUCUGACUUUUGUUGAGGAAGAAGCUUGAAAGCUGCUCAGUGUGUCCGGUUUCCUGCAGGCUUUGGAGCAGAGCACAGAAAUGACAUCUAAUAAUCUUUCAUAAUUCCAGUGGCGAGUUCUGCAGCACAAACAGCGUACCAACAUGAAGCCAGCGGCGGCGCGCUCCGCUGCACCUGAAGAGGAUUCCGACCGCCGGCCCCUUCCUCCCGGGUGGAGGAGCUACACCUCGCCCGAGGGACUCCGGUACUACGUCAACAGCUGCAGCAAAGAAACAACAUGGCGGCGCCCCCCCCCGUCGGCCGAGGCCCCGCAGAAAGCGCUGGCACCGCAGAGCGCCUCGCCAUAUGCCGAUGGAUGCCACGGCACGACGAAGCCCGCCCCCCCCACAGAGGCCGCCGACGUCACUCUGAGGAAAGCCCCCCACCACAAGCAGGUGAGAAGAAGAAGAAGAAGAGUCUUGAUGAAACAAUUUGGUCAUCCAUCACCAAAUGAAACAAAUGUUUGUGAAGAAGCGACGAGGACGCGAUGUCUGGUGUUCCUUCCAUUCAUCCUUCCCCCUCAACCUCGUGUCACCUGACUUGUCGCGUGAAGGGACAGGCGGCGUUGUUCUUCCAGAGCUCAUCAUCAAGGAUGAUGAUGUGAAGAUGGAAAAUGAAUCAACAGACUUUUUAACAAAAUAGUUAUUCAUGUAUCAAGUAAAAUAUGCUCUACAUUUAUGCUUUACAAGUCCUCUCUGAUUUCAAUAUCUGUAGGAUGUGAAAUGUUGGUCAGACAGAGUGACAUCACCAAGGAGAUUUAGAGAACAAUCUGUGGCUUCAGCAGAUUUCUUUUAAUUAACGCUCU